AUGUUCUGGGAGCCGACCCUGAGGCAGGUGCUAGCUCGUGAUGACCAGCCACCUCAUCCCGUUCCUCAGGCUCUCGGAGGCUCGAAAUGCGGUGUAGAACGUGUGGGACUUGCGACAGCAAAAGCCGGUGUUCCGCUGCGCACAGUGCCAGUGGAUCUACUAUUGGACAAUUGGAAGCUCCACAAGGAUGGAUGCAAAGAAACUGCGCUGUCCAGAAAGCGUCUCGAGGAGCUGAAGAAGACUGAUCCCACGGGGGCGCAAAUACACGCUGAUUGGUUCGAAUGGCGCACGGCAGCAAAUAACAACGACACUAUGGCUAUGACUCACGCGCUUGGACUGCAGAGGGACUCUUCGCGUGGUCGGACUCACAUCCUAUUCCGCCUUUGCCAGUACACUCCACGGGUGUUUAAAAUUAGCGACGUGUUGACAGAAAUCGAGACCAUGAUGAAUCUCGAUCUGGGAGAGGGCCAGGAGUACAUAUAG